UUAUUCUGGAAUUAAAACUUAAGGUUUUUGUUUCCUUUGUGUCAGAGUUUUGCCAUAGUGGCUUAUGGAGUUGUGCAUUGCAUUAUGAUUUAAACAUCUAGGCUAGGGUCAAAGCAGUAAAUUACACCAGUAGUAAAUUGUAAAAGGCGACCACAUCUGUUUAUAGAGGGAUCAACACUGAAUAAAGGUGAAGUUUACUUUUAUUGACUUGUGUUUAAUGUUGCCUGCUAAACAGGGGCAAAGACCUCUUACGUGUACAUGUUCAUUGAUUUGUAUUGUAAUUAUUGUACACAGUUACGACCUAACUAUGACGAGGAAGAGGAGGAAGAUGAAAAGUUUAAAGAGCAACUACAACAGUGGAAGAAAACAGACCGAGAUGAGGGAUAUUCAAAACCUAAAUAUGUUUACAAAACUGCUGAUGAAGUCAAGGCUUCUGGAGGAACCAAAAAGGGACCAUCAGUAUCUCUAAAGCACAGCAAGAUUAAGGUUGUCGACAUGACUGGACCUGAAACCAAGAUCCUGACAGGUUAUGGCUCCAUUGCCCAACAGCAUGCAAAGCCAGGAGAAGUUCCUCCAACUACAUUAGUUCGAGAUGCAGAGGCUUCAUUUUCUAUGCCAGAAUUAACAUACAACUUGAACCUCCUUAUUGACAUGGCAGAGACUGACAUCAUACAAACAGACAGACAAUUGAAAUUUGAGCGAGAUCUUGUGGUGAACCUGAAACAUGAGGAAGAGAAGCUCACGGCAGUCUUAGAACGAGAGGAAAAAGACAUCAAAAGAUUGAUGGAGGUUAUUAAUAUGAUUGACAGUUGUCGACAACAGUCAUUGUCCUCUGAAGAUGAUGCGCUUACUCUUGAUAAGUGUGAAGAGAUUUUUAAUACUUUGCAAGAAGACUACUAUGAAGAAUUCAAGGUAAAAAGUAAAUUUUGCAUACAAGCCAAGUGGCCCAUCAGGCCGGAGCGUAUUCCGGUUCCAUUACCAUUUAUUUUCCGUUUUUUAGCGAGGGUAGGAUUCAAGAUUGCUUUUAUCUUUUUUUCUUUCUUCUAUGUGUUCGACUUGAGCAUAUUCUUGUAUUUAUGGUGUAACCGUGUAGGUGUUUAUUUGCCCUAUUUUGUUAUUUUUUGUUUAUAUGAGCCACCUGUUUUUUUCAGUUCAUGGCAUUGUCGCAAUUAUGAUGCAAUGCUGAACGUGAUAAAUAAUUGGGCACCAAUCCUCCCUCAGUGGAUCACGGACAAUAUCAAACAGCAGUUAAUUCUGCCUCGUCUGCAGGUAGAAGUGGAUGCGUGGAAUCCACUAACAGACACUGUUCCUGUCCAUGCCUGGAUUCAUCCUUGGCUUCCUAUUAUGGGAGAUCAGCUUGAGCCCCUCUACGCACCAAUCAGAUUCAAGUUAGCAUCGGCCCUGACCAACUGGCAUCCAUCAGAUCCCUCAGCAAAGAUGAUCCUGGAACCCUGGACCAAGGUUUUCUCCAAAGGUACAAUGGACGCCUUUAUUCUUCGUUCUAUUUACCCCAAGUUGUCUCAGUGCUUGUCAGAGUUCAUCAUCAACCCUCAUCAACAACACUUAGAACCUUUCCAUUGGGUCAUGGAGUGGAAAGACAUUAUAACGCAACAACAUUUUAUCAGUUUGCUGGAAAAACAUUUCUUUCCACGUUGGAUUCAGGUUCUUCGCGGCUGGCUGAGUGUAAGUCCUAACUACGAUGAAGUUAUUCAGUGGUAUUCAGGCUGGAAGGGCAUGUUUAGUGAGGAUUUACUCAACAAUUCAAGCAUCAAAGUCCAGUUUAACCGAGCACUUGACGUCAUGAACCAGGCUGUGACGUCACCAGGUGGCCUUCUGCAGCCGGGAGCCAAAGAGAACAUUGCUUAUCUAACCAGUACUGAGAGAAGAAGAGAAGCUGAAGCAGCGGCCAUGGCGGCGGCAGUUGAAAAACAAAAGGCUGAAGCUGCUCGGCAAGUGGCGGCCUCUCAAAACGUUCCUUCCAACUUCAAAGACUUGAUACAGAACUUGGCUGAAGAGAACAAUCUGCUGUUUAUGCCAAUUCCUAAUCGACGUUUCGAGGGAAAAGCUUUGUACUCAUUGGGCAAAGUAACGCUGUACAUCGACAGAGGAGUUGUGUUUGCACAAACACAGGGCGUGUGGAAACCAGUAUCAUUACAGGACUUGAUGAUUAUGGCAAAGUAAUCGAGUUUUCGAGGGAAGCACAGAUAAAGGAAAAAAUUCUCGAAGAAAAGUCCUUUCCAAUUCGUUGCAGUGUGCCGGAUACUAGCAAAAAAGAUCACAGCUGAAGGAAAGAGUUUGCCAUGCGCUUCCGAUUUUCGGCGUGUGGCAGACGGCGUCGGCGGAAAGACAAGAAGUAAUUUUCGCGCCUUUUGGGUUUCCCGCCCUCGCGGAAUGUUUCUCGCCAUUAGUGUAACAUGGACAGACGUAAAAACGAACCAGAGUGUGACAAGGGGAGAUAGAGAGCGAGACAGAUAGUGAUAGCCGAAAUCAGUUAGAAAUAAUGCUGUCUUAAUAAUAUUGAUCGCAAGUCAAAGGCGUCUGUGUAUCAUAUCGAAGAGCCAACAUAGCAGAAGUCUUAAUACUAUCCGACAUCAUUGCAAUUUGACGUAUAUUUGACGUUGUUAGUAUCAAAUGAAAACAGAACGAUGGUUGGUGAGUAUUAAGGACAUGCUGUUAAUUACAUUACUUCGCUCAGUGUGAUGGUAGACUUGAAGGAGUCCUUUUUAGAACUUACCUGCUUGCUUGAACCUUAGGAAAUGAACGUUUCAACGAAAAGAAAAUAUCUGACUCAAGCUCUGUUUUUCUGAUUUAAUAACAGACAAAAAAGAAAAGGUUAAGAUGGUGACAUUACGAAAUCGAUUCCAAAUUGGGCCAGCCCACUCCCCCGCCAAUUUCUUUGCAGUCCUCUCACUCCUGUGUGAACGGUUAUCAAGAGGAAAGAAGCCUGGAAAGAUGAUAAUCAACUAAGACCAUCCCAAGAGGUCAGAGUAGCCGAGUGAAACGUGUCGGCACACUAAUCACUAAUGUCUGAGAACACAGAAGCUUUUUAAAUCGUGAAAUGUAAGAAGUAUAUAGGGCGUAGGCUUUAACACGCUGGCAUCCUCUCAGAGUAGUUUACUGCCCCCAUCAUCUUUUGCCUGCGGAAUCGCACGAUAAUGCAUGUGUCACACGCCUGAGAAUCGAAAUCGUCGCUCACACGCAUCACGCAAACAGGACAAUUUCACACGCAUGGCCCUCCGGACGUUUUCAGUAACGUGAAAAACUGAAUUCAUUGUCCACCCAAAUAGGUCGGUGAACAGCGCUAAAAGUCACGUUUGAGUCCUAAAUAACAAACCUAAAGAUGGUGCCCAGAUUUAGCAUUUCACACCGCUACAUUCGGCAACACAUCAGGACAUCUUCGGGAAUCUUCAGCAAUGUUCGGAAGUCUUCGGUAAUGUUUGGAAGUCGUCGAAUAUUUUUCGGAAUUUUGGGUAGUAUGGAUACGAAAAACACACGCAUUUGACUUAGGAAAUGUUGGCCGACCCCACUCCCAUCCCGAACGGGGCCUUAGGAUGGACUAGCAUCCCUUCCAGGGAGGAGUAGAAAAUGGCCCCAAGGUGCUCAAUCUGGUAAAUACGGUAAAAAAUACACCUACGGAACCAUGUUUUAUCGAUGUUGAGCAGUUUGAUGAUGCUAUUUUUGUGGUGAAAAUAAAACAAACGUAGACCUAACCAGUUUUCCUUGAUGUAAUAUUUAACAAACUAAGAACAUUUUGAUGUGAUGACUGAAGACAACUUUAUAUAGUGCUUCAACUACCUUCUGUCGAUGACCGUCUUUCGUUUUCUACAUGUCAUUGAACUCCCACCCCCUUACUUCUCAACUUUUGCCAGUGGCUGAUGGUUGACUAAUCAUUUUGAUUCAUUUGUUUUUUUCUGCUCUGCGGAGAACACUAACACGAUUACCACAAAUCCUAGAUUAAAUAACUCCAGGGGUUUCUUUAACGUUUUCUGCAACUGGGCAAAUGGUUUUCACAGGGGGAGCAAAACUUUUUGAACUGAGCUUCUUUAU